CGGACAGUCCCAGCCGGUAGAUCCGCGUAUCGUCGCACAGCUGAACCUCCUCCGGAGAAGGUCUCUCUGUAGUUGCCGGUUAGCGUCAUGUCGGGCGUUGUGGAUACUAAAUUGUACGACAUCCUCGGAGUUUCGCCGUCUGCGUCUGAAAAUGAACUUAAAAAGGCCUACCGCAAAUUGGCCAAAGAGUACCACCCUGACAAGAACCCUGAAGCUGGAGACAAGUUUAAAGAGAUAAGUUUUGCAUAUGAGGUAUUGACAAACCCAGAAAAAAAGGAGCUUUAUGACCGCUAUGGAGAGCAAGGCUUACGGGAGGGAGGAGGAGGAGGACCUGGCAUGGAGGAUAUCUUCUCUCACAUUUUUGGUGGAGGACUGUUUGGGUUCAUGGGGGGACAAGGAAGAGGACGCAAUGGAGGCAGGAGGAGAGGAGAUGAUAUGGUACACCCGCUGAAGGUUUCUCUUGAAGACUUGUACAAUGGUAAAACCACAAAACUGCAGCUCAGUAAGAAUGUGCUGUGUAGUGCCUGUAAUGGUCAGGGUGGUAAGGCAGGAGCUGUGCAGAAGUGUGUAGCAUGCAGAGGACGGGGCAUGAGAAUCAUGAUUAGACAGCUGGCCCCAGGAAUGGUUCAGCAGAUGCAGUCAGUCUGCACAGAUUGCAAUGGGGAGGGUGAAGUGAUAAAUGAAAAGGACCGCUGCAGAAAGUGUGAGGGUCAUAAAGUCUGUAAGGAGACUAAGGUUCUUGAAGUUCACGUGGACAAAGGCAUGAGACAUGGACAGAAGAUCACAUUCACUGGAGAAGCUGACCAAGCACCAGGCAUGGAACCAGGAGAUAUAGUUCUGGUGCUGCAAGAGAAAGAACAUGAGGAUUUCCGCCGUGAUGGCAGCGAUCUUCACAUGGUUCAUCGUAUCGGCCUGGUUGAGGCUCUGUGCGGCUUCCAGUUCACAGUCACACACCUCGACGGACGUCAGUUGCUUGUUAAAUACCCACCUGGAAAGGUCAUUGAGCCAGGCUGCAUUCGAGUGGUGAAAGGAGAGGGGAUGCCUCAGUACAGAAAUCCAUUUGAGAAGGGAGAUCUUUACAUUAAGUUUGAGGUCCAGUUCCCUGAAAACAAUUGGAUUAACCCUGAAAAGCUGAAUGAACUCGAGUGCUUGCUGCCUGCCCGUGCGGAGACUCCCGUUAUUGCAGCAGAUGCCGAGGAAGUUGACCUAACAGAUUUUGACAGAAGUCAAGGUUCAGGAAGCGGAGCCAGGAGAGAGGCCUACAAUGAUAGUUCUGAUGAGGAAGGCGGUCAUCAUGGCCCAGGAGUGCAGUGCGCACACCAAUAGAAAGACUACAGACUUGCACACACAUAGAAGCAUAAAAACACAAAAGUCCCAUUGCUAACACCAUUCAAGAUUUGCGACUCAUACAUUUUCCUCCUCUCAAGACUCACAUGAAAAAGAGAAUAUAUAUAUAUAUAAUUUCUUUUUUGUUUUUUAGUCUCACACAAAAUUCCCCCCCCUUCGUUCAGCUCCAUGGUGCCCAUAAGACAGUGAUCCUGGAUGUGUUAUGAUCAUUUUAUGUUUAUGAACAGUAGUGCUCUUCAAAGCCAGCAGCAGGAAGGUGGCCCCAUUUUCAGAGGUUUAUUGAAUUAACAUGAUUUAGAUCCCUUUGUUUUCAUCCUAAAUGUUUAGACUUGUCUUUCCUAUAAUGAAAGGUAAUGUAUAAAAUUCAAUUUUUGUUGACUGUCUUGUAAAAAAUAUAGUUUAAAAUCUUUUACACACAAGCGCAUGCUGCCGUUUGCUAAAGAGCUUGCCCGUGUAAAACUAGGGUCCAGACAUUACAUAAACAUCUGGCACCACAGGUGUUUCGAUUUCAGUGUGUCACCACUAUUAAAGUGCCCUGCUCCCAUCAGCGCUAACCUGAUUAUACGUGUCAUAUUUUGAAAAUGGGAUUUGCUGGUUCUGUUCAGUUCCUAGCUGCCACACACACAUAUUAAAGGCCUGACUAAAGUUACCUGCCUGCCAGGCACAUUUGUUUUUUGUUUUGUUUUUUUCUCAUAUGUAAGCUGUUUUUGUCUAUGUAGGUGUGAAUGAUAAGCCCCUUUUCAGACAUUCAGACAGAGAUAACAUUCAUUAAUCUUUAAAGUGAGAAAAUUAUGCUGUGCAGAUGUAUAGCACUUUAGUUAAGGUUCUUUAAUUGAAGACAAGUAAAUUUUCGAAUGUUUAGUUCUCUCCAAUAGUGUAAAAAGGGGCAGGUUCUGUAUUUGUACUGCAUGGUGCUCCUUGGAGAGCUGUACCCUUCCCCUAACACAUCCACCCAGGGACAAACAUUUCUCUUCUGGAUCAGGAAAAAAGCAUCAUAUACAACUCUUCAAAUUAUAGUCGUUACUGAUUCAAGACACAUGCACAUUCACAGUCUUGCCAUUAUUGAAGAGAGACGAUCAAUGUUCAGACAUGAAGCCGACAAGUUCAGUUGAUUAAUGGAAACAAUUGCAUGUCUGAAGCGGGGGGUUAGUGUGUUUGAGACCUCUGAACUUGAAGUUUUGUGUUCAUUUGAGUGGAGGUCAAACUUGUAUACUACUUGUAUGUGUGUUAUGCAGUGGCUCAGUGUGUGGGAGCUGCUGUGGAAUGUUCCGGCUUAUUAGGGUGGUAGGUAUUCCUGCUUUAUAUUGGACUGCAGUGCGAGUGGAUAUUAUAUAAAGUUAGGGAAGGAGAAAAAAUGUUUAUUUGCUGAGAAUCUUCCCCACAUGGACAGUUUUAUUCUCACCAGGACUGAGAAGUUCUCCUGGCUUGCAGGAAAACCACUGAGCCUGCACCAAACCCUCUAUGUUAUACAUAUCUCCCUAUUCUUGUUAGCCAAACCUUUGUCCCUCAACAUGUUAUAAGAGUCCCACCCCCAUAUACCUGUAAAUAAAUACAGUCCUACUCCACAGGUGCAUUCAGAGUCAACAGCAGUGUCUUUCUUUAGCCACAACUUUUUUUCUUACAUAAUGGUAAUAAAUGUUAUGUUCAGAUGAAGAGAAGUUAAUGGAGCCACUGUAGACUGUUAUCACGCACCUCUGUGACUCAUUGUGUAUUUAAUUUAGCCCACGGGAUAGUCUGUACACAAGGGUCAUUGGUAAAUUACAUUAUUGUUGAUGCUUAUGGUUGUCGAGAUUAUGAUUAAACUGUACAAUAAAUGACUGCAAGUUCA